AUGGAUAUCCUUAAAUUCCCUCUCCGCCUCUUACGGCGCGCCAAAUCGAAACCUCAGACUUAUAUCCUCCAACUACCCGUUGAAAUCCUUCUAGAAAUAUUCGAAUACCUCCCUCCUUACAGCCAACUAUUAGUCUACCAGGCCUGCCGACCGCUACGCACACUUGUUCACCAAUAUUUCCUUGCUGGGAAAGGAAAUGUGCUAGCCACACUGGAAGACAAACUGCGCUAUCUCACUCACCUCGCCAGGUCUACGCCUGAUCGGUGGGUUUGCGCCAAAUGCUGCAAACUUCACCAGACCUGCAAAUGGGAUACACCGGUAUAUCGCGGGGCCUACCAACUUCCAGCAUGUAGAGACGGAAUAGCAUAUGUUCCACAUGACAGCGAAUGUCAAACGCUCUCCAAUGUGGGAUAUUCGGCAUCGCACAGACAUAUUGAACUUACACUCAAGUACUCGCGGCUAAAAAGCAAAAAAAAGAAGCAUCGGACUCAUCUUCAAAGACUUCUCGCGCCGCAUCACUUUGAAACUCAAAGCCCUCGCAGUAUCUCCGUAGCCGAAGGCAUCCUAGCACAGAGUUCAUUUUACCCCAAGGUUGUGGAUGGAAGAUACUUACUUCACACCGUCCGAACCUACCUUGGAGCUGAAACUCCGGUAUCACCACGAUCUAUAAAGUUCUUACAAAUAUGCCCUCAUCUACAUUCUCUUGGUGGCUUUUGCAGGUGGAAUAAUAUGGGGAUAGAUCUGGAUACGGUUUUUAACAUGGCUUUCUCAGCACCACCAAACACUCCAAUCUUUUCCUCCUGUCCUGCUUGUGGAACAGAUAUCUCUAUACAAUUCUCACCAGAGCGAGCUGUUGUAUGCGCUUGGCAAGAUGUGGGACCGGAAGCAACAGUGUACGAUCCGGAUUGGGAGGCGAUAGUGCGAAGGACUAAAGUUGUCUAUCACGAUGCUGGAAGUAUCCGAGAGCUUUUUGGGCAGCAUGAGCACAAUGGUGAGAUUUUUUAA